AUGCAGACUCUCAGCGCCGCGUGCCCCUCCGUGCGACAGGUUCACUUGAAGCCGUCAUUACGAACGGCUAAUUUUUCGUCGGUCAAACAGUCGCCAGUGGUGCGGCUAGACGUCAAGCCGCGAUUGGUGGCUGUCCGUGCGCAAGCGGCUGGCGGUGAAUCCGAUGGAGGGAAGAAGCAGGUUGAGGUGUCGUACAGCCCGCAGCGGCGCAUGGAGGAGUACGCGCAGGAGGCGGACCCCACGCGCGAGAAGCGCGGACCCGGCGCGCUCACGCUCUUCUCGCCCUCCAAGGUGAACGUGUUUCUGCGCAUCACACGCAAGCGCCCUGACGGCUAUCACGAGCUGGCCUCGCUCUUCCAUGCGAUCAGUCUGGGGGACACGCUCAAGUUCUCCUUCUCGCCCUCCAACACUCGUGACGCCCUCACCACCAACGCACCAGGCGUGCCACUCGACUCCUCCAACCUCGUCAUCAAGGCGUUGGACCUCUUCCGUCGCAAAACAGGAAUCCAAAAGUACUUCUGGGUGCAUCUGGACAAGAAGGUGCCCACCGGAGCAGGGCUGGGCGGCGGCAGCGGAAACGCAGCGACGGCGCUGUGGGCGGCGAACAGGAUGUGCGGCAACGUGGCGAGCGAGGCUGAUCUGCUGGAGUGGUCGGCGGACAUCGGGUCCGACAUCUCCUUCUUCUUCUCCCAGGGCGCCGCUUACUGCACCGGCCGCGGGGAGAUAGUGGAGGACGUGACGCCCAUUCUGCCUCUCGACCUGCCCCUGGUGCUCAUGAAGCCGCCUGAAGCCUGCUCCACUGCUGACGUCUACAGGAAGUUUCGUCUGGACCGGGCGAGCAAGGAGGACCCGGGAGUGCUGCUGGAGCGAGUGCGGCAGGAGGGCAUCACCCAGGCCACAUGUGUCAACGACCUCGAGCCACCGGCGUUUGAGGUGCUGCCGUCGCUCAAGUCGUUCAAGACGAGAGUGGCAGCUGCUGGUCGAGGCCGCUACUCCGCGGUCUUCAUGUCCGGCAGUGGGAGCACGAUAGUGGGAGUGGGGCACCCAGACCCGCCCGAGUUCAUCUAUGACGAUGAUGCCUACGCCAAUGUCUUCGUUUCAGGUGCUCCCUGCCCCAGGUGCUCUUUGUCUCAGGUGCUCUUUGUCUCAGGUGCUGUUCGACUCAAGUGCUCUUCAUCUCAGGGGCUCUUCGUCUCAGGUGUUCUUUGCCGCAGCUCCUCCAUUCACCCUCAUCUCUUCUCCCCUUCUCCCAUCCCUUUCUCCUCCCACCACCCCUCUCCCAACACCUUACCCCUCUCUCUCCAACCAGAGGCACGUUUUAUCCUGAGGCAACCUGGCGACUGGUACCACCCAUACCCUGCAGGGGAGGGCAGUGCAGGAGCCACCUUGGAUCGGCCCGAUGCAGCAGCAGCCAUGGGGUCAUGCGAGCCUGGCAAGCCCGCCUCCGGUGUCGCCAACCUAAACGAGCUCAAGCUCCCCUUUUCCUACGAAGCUUGA